AUGGAGGAACGCGCAGGUGGUUUGGCCAUGUUCGCGGAGCCGUGUUUUGAAUGGUGUGAUUUGGAUUUGACUUGGUCAAUGCCGGCUCGGAGACAUACUGCGGUGGUGGGCAGUAGCGAUUGUGGCUCGAAGACGGUGCUAGGUGUUUCUGGUGGUUCGAUCGGGCGAGAUGGUUUGCACUCUCCUUUGCGCAGUGACGAUGACUUUGGUGUCUAUAUGAACUGCAAUCGACACUUUGCAGCGACUUGGUCAAAUCAUGUCACAGUUGGAUGCCAAGGAGGCUAUUACAGGGACACGCCGAAGGAUGUUACAGCGGCGGUGGAGGUGGCAGUGCUCACCAAUGGCAGUGUUCUGGGUCUUGACAUCAGCAGCGAAUCAAUCUCAGGUGGGAUUGACAAUUCCAGCAGUCUCUUCCAUCUUCAGCAUCUACAAAGCCUCAAUUUGGCGGACAACGAACUUGGCAACGGCUUAUCAAUUCCAUCUGCAGUCGGGGCAGCUCAUGAAUUUGAGGGAACAUUUCCUAAAGAGGUCUUUCAGCUAUCUUCUCUUCAAAGUAUUGAUCUUUCGCAUAAUGAAGGACUUCAUGGUUCCUUGCCAGAAUUUCCAAACAAUGGAUCUCUUCAGAACUUGGAUUUAAGUGUGACAAGUUUUUCAGGAUCAUUACCAGACUCUAUUGGCAACCUCAAAAUGUUGUCAACCAUAUACAUCCAUGACAACAAUUUUACUGGAUCAAUCCCCAUUUCAAUGACAAACCUUACGCAUUUGCGUUUUUUGGAGAUGUAUGUAAACAACUUUGAAGGUUCAAUUCCGUCAUUCAGUGGGGCCAAGAAUCUAGAAGGAAUAGAUCUCUCUUCAAAUGGUCUAACAGGUAAUAUUAAUUGCACCUACUGGGGAAACCUUACUAAACUCAGCUAUAUUGCCUUGGGAGACAAUAUGCUCAAUGGGAAUAUUCCAUCGUCUUUGCUUUCUCUUCCGUUGCUGAGAAAUCUAGAUCUUUCCUGGAACCAGUUCUUUGGUCAAUUUCCUGAAACUUCUAAUCUUUCAUCCUACUUCAUCAAAGAUCUUGAUUUGAGUAUAAACAAUCUGGAAGGGCCAAUACCUAUGUCUAUCUUUAAUUUACAAGGUCUUAGAACUCUUGAUCUUUCUUCAAACAAUUUCAGUGGCUCAUUUUCUCUGGAUAGUCUUCAACAUCUGAGAAAUCUUUAUUUUCUUGAUCUUUCACACAAUAGCUUGUUUCUUAGCCAUGGUGCUACCAAUUACUCAUAUUCUUCCUUUCCUCAAUUUCAAGACUUGAGGUUGGCUUCGGGAAAGUUGAGAACAUUCCCUGAUUUCUUGAGAAAUCAAUUCAAAUUAGAGGUUUUGUAUCUUUCAGAUAACCAGAUACAGGGCAAGAUACCCAAUUGGAUUUGGAGGUUCAAUAAUCUGUUUGACCUAAACCUUUCAUGCAACUCUCUAGAAACUCUAGAAGGUCCUACAAUCAAUCUCACUUCUAUGGCAUUCCUUGACCUUCAUUCUAACCAGCUUCAUGGGAAAAUCCCAAUUUCAUCAUCACCUAACAUGUAUUAUCUAGAUUACUCUAGGAAUAACUUCAGCUCUACCAUACCGACUUCCAUUGCUGAUCUGCUGCCUAACACUCGAUUCUUCUCUAUUUCAAGCAACAACCUUCAGGGGAUCAUUCCAGGAUCAAUAUGCAAUUCACAUAACCUUGAGGUUCUUGAUCUGUCCAAUAAUUCCUUGAGUGGCACGGUUCCUCACUGCUUGACUACAUUGAGCACUCUUUCAGUACUUAAUUUAAGAAGAAACAAUCUUACAAAUGUAGACAGGUUGUCUCACAAUUGCAGUUUGCGAACUCUAGACAUCAGUGAAAAUCAUAUACAAGGUCAGCUUCCAAAAUCACUCGUAAACUGCCCUCAAUUAGAGGUUUUGAACCUUGGAAAGAAUCAAAUAACAGGUCCAUUUCCAUGCUUUUUGAAGAACACAUCUACCCUGCGUGUCCUUGUCUUGCGAUCCAACAAACUCUAUGGAGGCAUUGGAUGUCCCAAGAUUAAAGGCACUUGGCCGAUGCUUCAAAUUAUAGACCUAGCUCACAACAAUUUUAGUGGAAAUGUACCAGGGAGAGAUUUGACAACUUGGCAGGGAAUGAUGACUAAUGAAGAUGUUGCCUCAUCAGAGCUCAAUCACCUUCAAUUUCAGGACAAUGGAACUGGUGGCAUUUAUUAUCAGGAUACAAUUACAGUUACCAACAAAGGUAUAGAGAUGGAGCUGGUAAAGAUUUUAACAGUCUUCACCUCGAUUGACUUCUCAUGCAACAAGUUUACCGGAUCAAUACCUGAGGAAAUUGGAGAACUCAAAUCACUACUAGUCCUCAACUUGUCAAAUAAUGCUUUCACAGGUGCAAUUCCACCAUCAAUGAGUAACUUGAGUGAGCUAGAGUCUUUAGACCUCUCACAAAACACCCUGAGCGGUCAAAUUCCACCACAGCUUACAAAACUCACUUUCCUUUCAUUCUUGAAUCUCUCAUACAAUCAAAUGGUCGGCAGGAUUCCAAGCAGCAAUCAAUUUUCAACAUUUCCAAAAUCUUCCUUUGAAGGUAACAAAGAUUUAUUCGGACCUCCUUUGACUGAAGAUAACACAACACGGUUUUCACCACCAGCAUCGAUAAAAAGCCAUAGAGAUGAGAUUGAUUGGAAUCUGAUUACAGUUGAGGUUGGAUUCACAUGUGGGUUCGGAAUUGCCAUUGGCUCACUUUUGUUUUGCAAGAAAUGGAGGAAAUGGUAUUACAGAGCUAUGUAUAAUAUCCUUCUAAAGAUAUUUCCACAGCUGGAAGAAAGAUUUGGUGAUCACAGAAGACAUGUUUGCUUAAGUCAAAGGUACUGGAGGCGAUGAAAUGGUCGUGAAAAACAAUGCACCUGACUCUGGCUUGCUUAUAAGGAAUAAGGUAUGUGCUUUUUUGUGCUUUGUGAUCUGUAUCUUUCAUGUAUGUUGGGCUGGCUUGUUCAACUUGUAAUGUGUGCAGAAAUGUGUUCUAGGGAAGAAAUUAUGUGCAAUAUGUUGGGCUGGCUUUCUAUAUAUGUGCAUGUGAAUUUGAUAUGUGAAGAAAUGUGUUCUAGUUGUCACGUUUGUUCUCAUCAAUUGCCAUGGUAACAUUUUUGUAAUACUAUUAAGGGUGGUAAUUGCAGCUAAUUUCCUUCGUAUUUUUGUGGUCGUACUGAAAUGUACCGAACUCCAAACUUUGAAUAAUCAUUUCAAAUCUGCAUUAAAGAGUCCCAUAAGACAAUGAACAAAAUUGCAACUAACAAGUUGUGAUGGGGGAUAAGGUGGUGUUAAUUAUUGGUAAUUUAGCAACAUCGCUUGCAAGGGCUAUUAUACUUAAGCUUUAGAUCGAGUUUUACCUGUGACCCAGAAAUUCAACAUUAGCAUUUCUAACCGGGAACCUCGAGAACUGAUAAACAUCAUCUACUUUGUGAUUAUAUUUUCCGCAUUUUUGUUUCUUACAGUUUUCUUUCUUACACUUGAGUACUGUUUCCUGUGGUAACUUGUAUUCAAUAAUUUUUUUCUUAUGUGUGCUGAAUGUUCGAGGAUGGGAGAGGAAAAACCACAGUAAAAAACAAGAAAAGUGUUUGGUCUUAUUGCUCUGUUUUCUCUGUUCUUAUCAAACAACUAAUUCCAUUUACAGCAGCAAUCUUCUUAUGUUUAUCCAAUAUCAAUCAUUUCCUCUAUUUCUUCCAAUUCUCACUUUUCAUGGUCAAAAUCUUCGUCUGUGUAAAUUAUUUUUGUACUUAUUCUAUUUCCUAAUUUAAGAAUCAAAACUGUAAUAAAGUUAUUAGAGGAGAAACUUUUGAGUAUUUUGGUGCAUAGUUUCCUCAAAUGUGUAACUUAGUAUUUUAGGAAAAUUCUACAAUGUGUUAAAUGUAUGACAUGCAUAUAAUUACCUUAAAGUGGUAAAAUGAGUCCUCAAAGUGAUACACAUAGUUGAUGUUGUUUGAA